AUGGCCGACAAGGCGCAACAAAGACUGCAAGCCCUCGGCAAGCAGCUCGACGGCAUCGACCCCAUCACCAAGGUCGCCGGACCCUCCGCCGCAGCCCGGACUCAAGGCAAGGUUGUUAUCAUCACAGGCGCGAACUCUAUCAAGGGCAUCGGUCGAGCCUCCGCCCACCAGUUCGCCGAGAACAAUGCCCGAGCCAUCUACAUCUGCGACUUUGACGAUACGAACCUCGAGACUCACAAGCGCGAGAUCAACAGCCUCUUCCCCAAAGUCGAGGUCCACACCCGCAAGUUUGACGCCUCCAACGAGAGCGCCGUCAAGGAUGUCAUUUCACAUGCAAUGACAACAUACGGCAGGCUGGACGUCUACUUUGCGAACGCGGGCAUCACCGGCCCUCACCAACUCUUCACCGAUAUCAGCGCAGAAGAUUUCAUGACUAAUAUGCGCGUCAACGUCUUGAGCGUCUUCCUCGCCGCGAAGCACGCAGCGCCCGCCAUGCAAAAGACCUCCGCCGAGAAGACGACGUCACGCGGCAGCCUCAUCUUCACCGCCUCCGUCGCCGGCAUCCGCUCCAACGCCGGCACGACUCCCUACUCGUCCGCCAAGGCCGCCGUGAUUUCCCUCGCGCAAACCGUCGCCUACCAGCUCGCUGGCACCAACGUCCGCGCCAACGCCAUCUGCCCGGGCCUCAUCGAGACGGGCAUGACGGCCCCCGUGUACGACUCGGCGCGCGCGCGAGGAACGGAGGGCAGGAUCGGUCAGAUCAACCCCAUGAAGCGCGGCGGCCGCGCUGAUGAGAUCGCGCGCGUGGCUUUGUUCUUGGGCAGUGAUGAAAGCAGCUACGUCAACGGCCAGGCGUGGGCUGUUGAUGGCGGCUUGAGUGCGGGACAUCCGUAUGUUGUUGGCAAGCUCGCAUGA